AUGAGGUUUGAGAUACAUGGCAGAGGUGUUGCUUGUAGUUCAGGUGUUAUUUCUCAACAUGCUGUGCAAUUGGACAACAUGGCAUGUACAUGUAAAAGAUGGGAUUUGAGUGGACUUCCUUGUGGACAUGCUAUUGCAGCAAUUUACUCGAAGGGAUGGUCCACUAAUGACUUUGUUGAUGAGCACUAUACACAAAAGAAGUAUUUGAUGGCUUAUGAACCAAUGAUCAACCCUAUAGCUGGGGUCGAUGAGUGGGAGCUGAUUAACAGGCCAAUUGCACCUCCAAGGUUUAGAAGACUAAUCGGAAGGCCGAAAAUGUCGAGAAACAAACAACCAGGUGAGGAGCCACCGCAACCUGAAACCACAAAGCUGCCUAAAUCUUAUUAUUCACAGAUUAAAUGUGAAAGGUGUGGUUUGAAAGGUCAUAAUCAAAAGGACAUGUGUUAG